ACAGUGCAGUGAAGUACGGCUAGCGGAGCAGACGAAAUAGGAGCAGUUCAGCAGGACGAAACAGUCCACGAAAGCUUUAACCUGGUUUAGUACGUAUGUCCUAUGCUAACUUAAGAACGCGCCCGGUACUGGUAAACUCUAAUUGCAAUUUCCUGCUGAUUUCUCUUCGCAAAGCCAAAUUCGAAAAGGCAAACCUUCUUUUGCAAACCACCGGUACAGUGUUAUUAAACGGACGCGAUCAUACGGGGCGCGGUGAGGCAGUCUACUGUGUGGAGACGCCGUUACUAAUAUUCGGGAUGCUGACAUGAACACUAAAAUACACCAUGGAUAUAAUGCCGCAUCUGAGGUAUAUGAGAAUAGAAAUUGCAUCUUUUAUCUGAGCGGAAGCCACGACAGACAAAUCUGCUAUAUGGGUGACCGGGAUAAUGGCCGUUUUCUUCACAAAUGUGUGUAAAUUCAGCGACUGUGGCCUGACUUUCCCGUCUCUCCGUCAGCUGAUCGAGCACAUAGAGGAUGCACAUAUUGAUAAUGAUCCCAAGUUCAUAGAGAAACAAGAACUUCAGCAGCCAUCAUCUCUGCCUCUCAGCUAUGUGAUAAAGUUUGUGACUGAUGCAGCGAAGCAUCAACAUGAGAAGAAGAAGGCACGGGUGCACAGUUCAUCAACAUCAAGUCCUAAGACUAUCGCACAGACUCUUGUAGCAGCAGUCAACAGUAGUGAGUGGGACUUUGACGAUGACAACGACAAGAGUGAUUCUGACAGUGAUAACUCCUGGACAACCCAAGAUGAGUUCAGCUAUGAGCUUAUCCUACGCACCAUGGCCACCCAGGUGGGGGACGAUAAGCCCUUCCUCUGCCCUGUCCCGGGAUGCAAGAAGAGAUACAAGAACGUCAAUGGGAUGAAGUACCAUGCAAAGAAUGGGCAUAGGAAUGAGAAAAAGGUGAAGAAGAAUUUCAAGUGUCAAUGUGGAAAGAGCUACAAGACAGCCCAGGGCCUCCGGCAGCACCGACAGACACACACCAACUCACUGGACUUGCCUCUCAGUUCUCUUACCAGUAACAAACAAAUCAAAACCUCUAAAGUAAGCAGCGCCCUGAGCAGCCUGGCGUCAUCGACCGUACCAGCGUCCAUCAUCCACCAGGCAACCCCUCUCCUUGCCAGUCCCCUGGGGAUGUCCCUUGCCAAUGGGAGCAUCGUCCUGGAAUCCAUCACCCCCAUCUCAGCUGGUAGUAUCAUCAUGGAACCAAGGGUGUCUACAGCGUCUGCUGCCCUCGGUGGCAUGGCCCAGGCCCAGCAGACAGGCCUUAUAGUGACCUUACCUUCUGGUGUAGAACCCACAAGCAUGAACCUUGCCCAGGCAUCACUGGCGGCUGCUAAUAAGGUCAAAUUCAAACAGAUCCAGAUCCAGGGGGAAUUGUAAAGACUGAAAUGUGCAAUAUGAAAUUCUUGAGGAUUUUGAGGGAUUGAAGAGAGCUUUUACAAUGUGGGAAUGCAAUUGGAGGCCAUGCAAUGCUGCCAGAAGAUAUCUAUAUGUACAUGAACAUUUGCAACAUCAAUGUCACCAUUAUCUGAUUUUAGGAUGGAGUAUGUUUUACAAAAUACAUGAAGAGGAUCAAGAUACCAUGCAGGAGGAACUUCUAAACAUUUAAUAGCGCAUUAUGCGGUAUCUUAACAAAAUCAGUUACACUUGAUGUACAGUGUAGUCUCCAGAACACAUGAUCUUCAUGGAUGGAUUGGCAGAGACUUUCUACAAUUAUCAAUUAUCCUCUUCUGUUAUUCAUCUCAAAACAAACUUCUGUACCUCAUCUUGCCACCAUUUUUUCUUCUCUGUAUCCUUUUUUCGCAAAGAAACCUUCAGCAACAUAGCUCUGUUGCUUACAAGUAAAUACAACUUCAGAACUACCCGUCAUCUGCAAAAUUCCUGUUAUAUGUUGCUUACAACUCAAUGGAAGUGCUUGCAACUCAAAAUUUACCUCACAGCUGUUGUUUCAGAGACACUGACAAUCAGGAGAUGCACAUGUUUGGUUUUUAAUAUGCAGUGUACAUAUAUUAUCUUUAUUUAUUCAUGAUAUUUAUUAUGUUAUGAGAUUUAGGUUUUUGAACAGUUUAUGGGCAGAUGGCAGGGGUUACACCCUGGCUUUGUAAACGGCAAGCAAGUCUAGGGUAUUUGAUACCAACCACAUCAAUUGUAAGGUUUUUGUAUACCUGAUCAUGGUAUUUUAAUAGCCAUACUGGAGCUAAGAUCAGUCCAGUUAUGAAGUGAAAUGAAAUGUCAAUUUACAUCUAGAUCUCAACAAUGUUUGGUAAUGUAUGUGACUCCAGUGGAGCUUUUCACAAAACCAUUAUUAAGUACAAGUUUACUGACAUCUCAUUGAACUCAUGUAUCAGAAUCAACAUACAUUUCAAUGGGAUGUUGGUGAACUUAUACUUACAAUCAUGUCGUGAAACAUUACCCAAAUACCUUGGACUUGCCCCAAACUGGAUAUUAUGGUGCAAUUUAGUUAUUAGUAAUGACGUAUAUUGGACAAAAUGUGUAUGGAUUGUUCACAAAUUUUGAGUGUCAAAUUAUUCCAUUCUCAUGUGCAUAGGUAAUUGCCAUGCUGUGCAAAGGAUCUGAUUACGUGAAGCUAAGUUUCAAAGUGGUUCUGUUGCGGAGGUCCCCAUCUUCCAAAAUGACAAUCUCAUCCUAAUUUCGGUUAAUUAUUUGUCAGUUUUGUUUUAUUCAUACAUUUAUAUGAUUAAUGUAAAAUUUAAAAGAUGAAACAAGAGUCACCUUUGAAGCCAUAUUUUCUUACCAUGACAAUUGAUGCUGAAGCAAACCAUUCAGUCAAAUCAAAUGCUUUUUUUGUUACUAUUUUAUUUUAUUUCUUUGCAUUUUUCAUCUUUCAUUCUGUCUUUUAAUUUUUAACCAUGGAAUGGGUGAACAAUUUUAAAGUGUUUUGAAAUAAUUAUUUUCUGUUGAAAUAUCAGUAGGGAAAAAGUGAUUAUGAAAGUUUACAUAUCUUUGUUAAUUUCCUUUGGUAUGAUUUUAAUUCUUCCAUUAAAUGUUCAACUAUACAAGUUAUGCUGUGAUGAAACCAUAUAGAUUCCUGCUACAUGUACAUGUAGAUAACUGUAGAGCACCCUAAACCAUUGUGUAAAUUAUACGCAAACUCUCUCGCUGUUAUUGUUCUAGAUCUAUUUGGAUCGCUUUAGCAGCGGAUCUGUAAAGUGGACCAUAUAAAAUUAUCCACAUGCUUCUUCCUAUUUUGCAGCUGAGAAAUUUGCCUGUUCCCUUGAAGUAGGAUAUUGUAUGUACAUGUAAGUGCUAUGACAGGCAUGCAUUAUAUCAGCUGAGGAAAAGGAAGAUAUAAUUAUGGUAGAGAUAUAAGCAGGAUUUAAUAGUGCUCUUAAUACAUUCAUGAUUUAUCCAAGCACUUUACAAAUAUCACAUUACCCCGGUCAACUUGCCAGCACGCUAAUAUGUACACAUUCUCCACUCCUUGGGGAGCAUUCCAGGUUUAAAGCCAAUGGCAUUUGCAUCCUCCCAGGUACCCACAUUCUACUCCUGGGUGAAUAGAAGCAUUGUAGAUUUAACGCCAUGCUCAGGGAAUUGAAUGCCAUACUGGAGUUUGAACCCCUGACCUGUGUUUUACCAGUCAAGCAUUUGAAACUUUCAAUCUGCUUGAGCAGCGCCUGAUAGUCUACUGGAGAAGUCAAUUGAUAAGAGCCAGAAGGGCGUUAACUCUGUGUCAAAGUAUGAGCUAACGCCCUUCUGUCCACCAAAGAGAGACAUAAUGUAUGUGAUCUCCAUGCACUCUCAAACCAUCUCAUGUGUAGGUGUGCACCCUGAAAGUAAAAUGUAGGCAGCUAGGUCACCUAGUUGCACUCAGUCGAACCUUCUCUCAUGCGAUGUGAGCUCCCUGUGUAAACACUGGGCUAUGUAAAGUGAUAUCAUUCUGUAUACACACAGGUCAAGCCAGACCCAACGCCUCUAAUCUAUAUUCCUUGCAAGGCUCUUCAAGUUGAUGGAGCCCUUACAGCGGAGCCCUAACAUGUGCCUGUCCUGCAAGUUCAUCUAGAUAUGUGUUAAGAAAACAGAGAUGUUCUAGAUAUAUGUGCUUUACGUAUUGGCCUUAUCGUUAUACCCCAUGACUUCACAGCCUCCAUGCAGAGUAUGUAGUUUGUUUAAUGUAUUUAAAAUAUGAUGUAGAGCUUGAGAAACCCUAUGUUUGAGAAUUGAAUUGUUACAAUGUAUGAAAUAUUGAGCAUAAGAGGCUACAACCACUGCCAUGUACAUAAUUUGGCCUCGGUGCCUGUAAUUAUUUCAUACACAGCUCAUUUGUUGGGAUUCAGUAAUUUCUGUCUUGAAUUACAUUUAAAAUUAACAAGAUAAAGACAUUUUUUCCAUUUUUUAUAGAACAAUAUGAUGAGGAUUACUUUACCCUACUACAUUAUUCAUCCUGAAAUAUGAGAUACAAUGAGAGAGAAAAGCAACUGUGUACCAUGUCAUUAUUCUUGCUUGUUCAGAUUAUGCCUUUAUGAAUACUGAUGUAAAUGUAAUAAAAAUGAUUGUUCCAUCUAUUAGUAGUUGCAGAAGAAAAGAUCAGCAUUGCAGUAAAGUUACCUUUUUUAAUACCUGGUAAUCAUUAGAGCAAUCUAAGUGAUUAUAAUAAUGAUGAUGAUGUUACAAUUUGCAGUUUGUCUGUUUGGAGCCAGAAGGAUGUUAUUAAUUUAAUGCCCUUUUGACUCUGAACAGAUGACAUGAUGUAUAUUUGUUCAUAGAAUACCAGCAAGAAACUUUAUAACCAUUGAGUGACAGGCUCACUUGUUUAAAGAGCAAGAUACGAUUGUAGAUAUCAUGUAAAUAUCAAUACAGUUAUAUAUUUUUAGUAUGAAGAAAACUUUGAUAUGCAUUUUUUGUAGAUGUAUAAACACUUUGUGCACUGGUAAACUAUUAUUACAUGCUGUCGUUGUUUUGUGGUAGUUAUUUGCUUAUAACCAAGUAUGCUUGUCACUCAUUUUAAAAGAAUGUCAUUAUUUGGUCUUAGGAUGGUGGUGAAUUGUUUUUUUGCAACAGUACAAAAGAGGGGAGGGUACUUAAUUGUGAAUAUGAACUUUGGUGUUCUGUUUUUUUUUGUAUCAUAGAAUACUGGAGUAUUGAUUUAUUGGUACUAUACAGACACUAGUUCCACACAGUGGGAGCUUGGUUGUAGUUAUGUUUGAAAUAUUAUUAUGAUGUGUCUUUUUCUUCUUAUUCAAGUACUAAGUUGUACAAAUUGUUUUUUUGUAAAACUAUGGUAUCAGAAAUUCCAUUUUGAUAGUUUGGUUUAUUUGUACAUGUCUGCUAAAAAAGCAUAUGUGUGCUUGUAAGCAACCAGGGGACUGAUGGCUUUAAAUCCUCUCAAAGGGACAUAGUAAUGAGGAUUAAUGCUGUUCCAAAAUGCACUAGUUUAAACCUGGGAUCUCUUUGUUACAAACCACUGUGCCACUUGGCCUCCCAGUCUUCAGGAAAUUGCAAAGAAUAAGAAUUUUCUUACCCUUUUUUUUUUAGGGGAGGGAGGGGGGUAGGCCAAGCUCUUUGGCUCUGUAAAUAUUUAUCAUGGGGCUUCUUGUAAUGGUAGAGUUAUGAGGGAGAAGUGCAAUGUCUAUAACUCAUAUUUUUUCCUUCUUAAUCUAGCUUUCUUUCUUAUUUCUUAGAUUCAAAUAUAUGCAUGAUGAUGUGCAUAUACUUUGUUUUAAAGUUGAUUCUGGCAACAAUCCAAAAAGCAGAGUCAUUGAAAAAGACACACUUUCACCACCCAUGAUUUUACAUAUGUUUUUAUAGUAGAGUCUAUCCACAGUAAGCCACAAUUAAAUAUUAGUAAAUGAAUGACACAGGUAAAACUACUUUUCUAUUGUAAAUCUCUGCACUGAA